UCGAGUUUAGUACACAUCUUCCUCUAAUAUAAGCCAGUUUGUUUUUUUUUACGAUCCGUACUAGACGGUGCGAAAUUCUAUUGGUAGAGCAGGCCAGUGUACGUAUAAGUACGUGCAUGUUGAUGAGCUGAUCGAGUGAUCGAUCAGUGUGGCAGUGUGGUGAGCAAUGUGAGAGGCACGUAGGUGUGGAUUGGUGUGUUGGGUUGUGGCAUGGAGCAACGGGCGGCGGCGGCGGCGCAGCAGCGGCAGGGGAGGAGGCAGAGCGCGGCGGCGUGCGGGAUCAGGCGGGCGAGGGCGGAGACGCGGCACCCGGUGUACCGCGGCGUGCGGUUCAGGGCGGGGAAGUGGGUGUCGGAGAUCCGGGAGCUCCGGAAGCCGAGCAGGAUAUGGCUCGGCACGUACGCCACCCCCGAGAUGGCCGCCGCGGCGUACGACGCCGCCGCACUGGCGCUGCGCGGGCGCGGCGCGGCGCUCAACUUCCCCGACGCCGCGCGGUCGCGCCCCGCCCCGGCGUCCGCGUCCGCCGACGACGUGCGCGCCGCGGCCACCGCCGCCGCCGCCGCGAUGGCACACCAGGAGGAGGACGACGACAGUCGGCGUCAGCUCGAGGACGGGGGCGGCGGCGGCGGCGUGGUGGACGAGGACGACGUGCUGGAGAUGCCGAGGCUGAUGGUGAGCAUGGCGGAGGGGCUGAUGAUCAGCCCACCGCCGGUGAUGCUCGGCCUGCAGGCGGACGGCGGUGGAAUAAUGGACGAGGGCGGCGGCGUGGUGAGGUUGUGGGAUCACAGCUGAGUGUUCGACCACGUACUGUGGGUAAUGGAGGAGGGUAUGUGCGCGAGUGCAACGCCAUGAUCGAUCGAUGGAUGGAUCGAGCAGAUGCAGCUGCAGGUGGUGUGGUGAGGAUCGAUCGCCCUGAGACGUGGACGUACGGAGGAAUGUGUGUCCUAACGUACUAUACGUGCGUACGUGGUGAUGCGCCUCUACGUAGACGUAGCGUGGGUGUGAUCCAAGUGGAUGAUGGUGACACAAUACACAUACAAUGUACUAUAUGGAUACUGGGACAUACAGUUACACGGACACCUUUUUCUUGCAAAAGAUACUCCUACUCUCCUAGAUUAGUCAACGGUUUGAGUUUGAGACAAGCAGGUAAUGUGAUUUUUUUUCGAUUAUAUGGCAGAAGUGCGCACACAUCACUAUAUCCGCAACACCAUACUCACAUCUCACGAAUGUGCCCUCUAACAUACGCUUUAAAGAC